CGCCAGCUCCUCUUCCGGUCUGUCUCCAUAACGCGCAUGCGCACCACUGGCCUUUAAACGUGCACGGUCGGCCCAUCCGGGAAAAGGAUCCGGUAAACUAAUUACAAUCUUGCUCCUCCGCCGCUGGGAAGAACUAUUUUCUCUCAGUCGGAGUGGUACUUUUGAAUAAAUGCUUCCAAACAGGGAACUCAUACCAGCCUAUUUAGCUCAGUACCAACGGUAUGAAGUAUUUCUAGGGCUUGGCCUGACGCAAAGUGUACGAGGCUCGGAGAGACACUCCGCGGAAGGAUCCGGUUUGUUGUGGCGAGGGGGAGGGCAGACGCUGACAAACCAAGAUGGCGGCGGCGGCGAUGAAGGCCGCGGCGGUUGGGAGGUGACUGUAGUGGCGAAGGCUGUGGUAGUUGAGAGGCAGCGGCAGAGUUUGGAAGAAACGGAGCAGGGAGCAGGACGAAGAGGCGGUAGCAGUAGUGUCAGCCUGAGGCUCUCAGAGCGCGACAGCCACACGCCCCCCUAGGCAAUCGGCGGGCGGCGGCCGCCCGGCUUAGGGCCUAGUCCCCGAGCAGUGCCUCGGCUCAGUUCCUGGCUUCAAACAGCGGCGGCGCCAUGAGUCCUUAAGGGCGGUCCAACCCCUCCUGAUCCCUGGCCCAGACCUCGGGCCCACCAUGGAGCCGGGGUCCGACGACUUCUUACCGCCGCCGGAGUGCCCGGUGUUCGAGCCUAGCUGGGCCGAGUUCCGAGACCCUCUUGGCUACAUCGCGAAAAUCAGGCCCAUCGCGGAGAAGUCGGGCAUUUGCAAGAUCCGCCCACCCGCGGACUGGCAGCCACCCUUUGCUGUGGAAGUGGACAACUUUAGGUUUACCCCCCGAAUCCAGAGGCUGAAUGAGCUAGAGGCCCAGACAAGAGUGAAACUGAACUACUUGGACCAGAUUGCCAAGUUCUGGGAAAUCCAGGGCUCCUCCUUAAAGAUUCCCAAUGUAGAACGGCGGAUCUUGGACCUCUACAGUCUCAGCAAAAUUGUGGUGGAGGAAGGUGGUUAUGAAGCCAUUUGCAAGGACCGUCGGUGGGCUCGGGUGGCCCAGCGCCUCAACUACCCACCAGGCAAAAACAUUGGCUCCCUGCUACGCUCCCACUAUGAACGCAUCGUUUAUCCCUAUGAGAUGUACCAGUCUGGAGCCAACCUUGUGCAAUGUAACACACGUCCAUUUGAUAAUGAGGAAAAGGACAAGGAAUACAAACCCCACAGCAUCCCCCUUCGACAAUCUGUGCAGCCUUCCAAGUUCAACAGCUAUGGCCGGCGGGCCAAGAGACUGCAGCCGGAUCCGGAACCCACAGAGGAAGACAUUGAAAAGAAUCCAGAGCUGAAGAAGCUCCAGAUCUAUGGGGCAGGCCCCAAGAUGAUGGGCCUAGGCCUCAUGGCCAAGGAUAAGACUCUGCGGAAGAAAGAUAAGGAAGGGCCUGAGUGUCCCCCGACUGUAGUGGUGAAGGAGGAGUUAGGUGGGGAUGUGAAGGUGGAGUCAACCUCACCUAAGACCUUUCUGGAGAACAAGGAGGAGCUGAGCCACAGCCCAGAGCCCUGCACCAAGAUGACUAUGAGGCUGCGGAGGAACCAUAGCAAUGCCCAAUUUAUCGAGUCAUAUGUGUGCCGGAUGUGUUCCCGAGGGGAUGAAGAUGACAAGCUCCUGCUGUGUGAUGGCUGUGAUGACAACUACCAUAUCUUCUGUCUACUGCCUCCUCUGCCUGAGAUCCCUAAGGGUGUCUGGCGGUGCCCAAAGUGUGUCAUGGCGGAGUGUAAGCGGCCCCCUGAAGCCUUUGGCUUUGAGCAGGCUACCCGGGAAUACACUCUGCAGAGCUUUGGCGAGAUGGCUGACUCUUUUAAAGCUGACUACUUCAACAUGCCCGUGCACAUGGUACCCACAGAACUUGUGGAGAAGGAGUUCUGGCGACUAGUGAAUAGCAUUGAGGAAGAUGUGACUGUUGAGUAUGGGGCUGACAUCCAUUCCAAAGAAUUUGGCAGCGGUUUCCCUGUCAGUGACAGUAAGCGGCACCUGACCCCUGAGGAGGAGGAGUAUGCUACCAGUGGUUGGAACCUGAAUGUGAUGCCGGUGUUGGAGCAGUCAGUACUGUGCCACAUCAAUGCGGACAUCUCCGGCAUGAAGGUGCCCUGGCUCUACGUGGGCAUGGUCUUCUCUGCCUUUUGCUGGCAUAUUGAGGAUCACUGGAGUUACUCGAUUAACUAUCUCCACUGGGGUGAGCCAAAGACCUGGUAUGGGGUACCGUCACUUGCAGCAGAACAUUUGGAAGAGGUGAUGAAGAAGCUGACACCUGAGCUUUUUGAUAGCCAGCCUGACCUCCUGCACCAACUUGUCACCCUCAUGAAUCCCAACACCCUCAUGUCCCAUGGCGUGCCGGUUGUCCGCACAAACCAGUGUGCAGGAGAAUUCGUCAUCACCUUCCCCCGUGCUUACCAUAGCGGCUUCAACCAAGGCUACAACUUUGCUGAGGCCGUCAACUUUUGCACUGCCGACUGGCUGCCAGCUGGGCGCCAGUGCAUUGAGCACUACCGGCGGCUCCGAAGAUACUGCGUCUUCUCCCAUGAGGAGCUAAUCUGCAAGAUGGCUGCCUGCCCAGAGAAGCUAGACCUGAACCUGGCGGCAGCUGUGCAUAAGGAGAUGUUCAUCAUGGUGCAGGAGGAGCGGCGUCUACGAAAGGCCCUGCUGGAGAAGGGCGUCACAGAGGCUGAGCGAGAGGCAUUUGAGCUGCUCCCAGAUGACGAGCGCCAGUGUAUCAAGUGCAAGACCACAUGUUUCCUGUCAGCCCUGGCUUGCUACGACUGCCCAGAUGGCCUUGUCUGCCUUUCCCACAUCAACGACCUCUGCAAGUGCUCCAGUAGCCGGCAGUACCUGCGGUAUCGGUACACCUUGGAUGAGCUCCCUGCUAUGUUGCAUAAGCUGAAGGUUCGGGCUGAGUCCUUUGACACCUGGGCCAACAAAGUACGAGUGGCCCUGGAGGUGGAGGAUGGGCGGAAGCGCAGCCUUGAAGAGCUGAGGGCAUUAGAAUCUGAGGCCCGUGAGCGGAGGUUUCCUAACAGUGAGUUGCUGCAGCAACUGAAGAACUGCCUGAGCGAGGCAGAGGCUUGUGUGUCCCGAGCUCUGGGACUGGUCAGCGGCCAGGAAGCUGGCCCUCACAGGGUGGCUGGUCUACAGAUGACCCUGGCUGAGCUCCGGGCCUUUCUGGACCAGAUGAACAACCUGCCUUGUGCCAUGCACCAGAUCGGGGAUGUCAAGGGUAUUCUGGAACAGGUGGAAGCCUACCAGGCUGAGGCUCGUGAGGCCCUGGCCUUGCUACCCUCCAGUCCAGGGCUACUGCAGUCCCUCUUGGAGAGGGGGCAGCAGCUGGGGGUGGAGGUGCCUGAGGCUCAGCAGCUCCAACGGCAGGUGGAACAGGCACAAUGGCUGGAUGAGGUGAAACGCACACUGGCCCCCUCAGCCCGAAGGGGCACCCUGGCUGUCAUGCGGGGACUGUUGGUCGCGGGUGCCAGUGUAGCCCCUAGCCCUGCUGUGGAUAAGGCCCGGGCUGAGCUACAGGAGCUGCUGACCAUUGCUGAACGCUGGGAGGAGAAAGCCCACCUCUGCCUGGAGGCCAGGCAGAAGCAUCCACCAGCCACGCUCGAGGCCAUAAUCCGUGAAGCAGAAAACAUCCCUGUUCACCUGCCCAACAUCCAGGCUCUCAAGGAGGCUCUUGCUAAAGCCCGGGCCUGGAUUGCCGAUGUGGAUGAGAUCCAAAAUGGUGACCACUACCCUUGCUUGGAUGACUUGGAGGGCCUUGUGGCUGUGGGCCGAGACCUACCUGUGGGGCUGGAGGAGCUGAGACAGCUGGAGCUGCAGGUACUGACAGCACACUCCUGGAGGGAGAAGGCCUCCAAGACCUUCCUCAAGAAGAAUUCUUGCUACACCCUGCUGGAGGUGCUCUGCCCGUGUGCAGAUGCUGGCUCAGACAGCACCAAGCGCAGCCGGUGGAUGGAGAAGGAGCUGGGGUUGUACAAAUCUGACACAGAGCUGCUGGGGCUGUCUGCGCAGGACCUCAGGGACCCAGGCUCUGUGAUCGUGGCCUUCAAGGAGGGGGAACAGAAGGAGAAGGAGGGUAUCCUGCAGCUGCGUCGCACCAACUCAGCCAAGCCCAGUCCACUGGCAUCAUCAACCACAGCCUCCUCUGCAACCUCUAUCUGUGUGUGUGGGCAGGUGCCAGCUGGGGUGGGAGCUCUGCAGUGUGACCUGUGUCAGGACUGGUUCCAUGGGCGGUGUGUGUCGGUGCCCCGCCUCCUCAGCUCUCCGAGGCCCAACCCCACCUCAUCCCCACUGCUGGCCUGGUGGGAAUGGGACACCAAAUUCCUGUGUCCACUGUGUAUGCGCUCACGGCGCCCGCGCCUAGAGACCAUCCUAGCACUGCUCGUAGCCCUGCAGAGACUGCCUGUGCGACUGCCCGAGGGUGAAGCCCUGCAAUGCCUCACAGAGAGGGCCAUUAGCUGGCAGGGCCGUGCCAGACAGGCCCUGGCCUCUGAGGAUGUGACUGCUCUGUUGGGACGGCUGGCUGAGCUCCGCCAACGGCUACAGGCUGAACCCAGGCCUGAGGAGCCCUCUACCUGCCCUUCAGCCCCUGCCUCUGACCCACUCAGAGAAGGCAGUGGCAAAAAUAUGCCUAAGGUCCAGGGCUUGCUGGAGAAUGGAGACAGUGUGACCAGUCCUGAGAAGGUAGCCCUGGAGGAGGGCUCAGGUAAGAGAGAUCUGGAGCUGCUGUCCUCACUGUUGCCACAAUUGAAUGGCCCUGCGUUGGAGCUGCCUGAGGCAACCCGGGCCCCCCUGGAGGAACUCAUGAUGGAAGGGGACCUGCUUGAGGUGACCCUGGAUGAGAACCACAGCAUCUGGCAGCUGCUGCAGGCUGGACAGUCUCCAGACCUGGAGAGGAUCCGCACACUUCUAGAGCUGGAGAAGGCAGAGCGCCAUGGGAGUCGGGCACGGGGCCGGGCCCUGGAGAGGCGGCGGCGGCGGAAGGUGGAUCGGGGUGGGGAGGGCGAUGACCCAGCCCGAGAGGAGCUAGAGCCAAAGAGGGUACGGAGCUCAGGGCCAGAGGCUGAGGAGGCCCAAGAGGAGGAGGAGCUGGAGGAGGAGACUGGGGGUGAAGGUCCCCCCACAUCCCUCCCCACCACUGACAGCCCCAGCACCCAGGAGAACCAGAAUGGCUUGGAACCGGCGCCAGGGGCUGCUUCAGGCGCUUUGGCCCCUUUCUCUACUCUGACUCCCCGGCUGCAGCUGCCCAGCCCACAGCAGCCACCUCAGCAACAGUUGUGACAGUGGCUGAGCCUAGCACAGACCCUGACAGAGAUCCCCCUCGGCCUCAAGGAUCCUCUUUCUGACCAUCAAGCCUGCUUCUUGGGAGGUGGGCGGGUAGUGGGGAUGGCCACCCCCCUACCUGCCCGCCCCUGAAUCCCUUGACUUUUAUAUUCUGACUCCAAGGUAUUGUUCAGACCUCAGCUCCUGGGGGCCGGCCCCUGGAGUCCCCCUUCCCUGGUAGCCUCUAACCAGCAUUCCCAGACACCUGAGGCAGAUAGACAGACGGAUGGGCAGGUGGGCAGGGGGGUGGCUGGGGCUGGGCCAGCACCAUUCCAGAGACAAGGCCAGUGCAUAUGCAAACUGGGGGAAUCUCCUCUCCCUUCUCUCCCCAGUUCUGGCCCUGGCCAGGCCAUGCUACACUAACCCCCCUCCCCACUCUCCUCCCCUCCUCUUUUCCUUCCUCCCUCCCUCCUUCUCCCUUCCCCUGACUGUUCCACCCAGGAGGAGGAAACUUCACAUAGCUGUGCUCACAGUUUUUUAUUUUAAAGGAAUUUGGAUGGGGAGCUGAACAGGGCUCCCUGUGAUUUGAAGAAAGCUUUUGGUGCUUGUCCUCACAACCACCUCAAUCCUCCUUCCCUGUCCUCCCCUGUCUCCUUUCCUCCUCCUGGGUUCAUGUUGUAAUAAAAGAAGAUUGUUGGUGUGUAAUUAAUUUGUUCAAAAGAAAAAAAAGCAAAACAAGAAACUUGGUUCCAACCGAAGCCUAUUUUAAUUUUAUUUUAUUAUUUUCCUCUUGUUAGAAAUAAAACCCUUAGAAACAUUUUUUGGAAA